CACCUCAAUUUGAAUACUUAUCCACACCAAAAGCAGUUGCGCAUGCUUUUUUGAAGAUUAAAGCAAAAAAUGAAUCUGCAUAUGCUAUGCUAGCUGGAGAUGUCAAUGUGUUUCUAGAUAAUAAUUUCAUCACUAAGUCUUCGUUACCAUCAGUAAGUUCAAUGGAAGAAUUUGAAGUUGCUUUGGGUGCUGAUCCUGCAGUUAAAGUCACUUACAAUCCAUUGAAAAAGUUUGAACAGAAGACUGGCAUGAUAUCCAAAGCACACAUGUACAAUUUUCAUCAACAAAUUGAAAUUAAAAAUACAAAAUCGUCUCCUAUUAAAAUUACUAUUCAAGAUCAAUGCCCUAGAAGCACCAAUGAAAAGAUAAGGGUUAUGCUACAGGAGCCAGAUAUUAAAUUUCAUAACAAGUCAACCCGCAAGCCAACAGUUAUUAAAAGUGGAAAUGCAACCUUAUAUACAAAUGAUUAUAAAAUUGAAUGGGUUUGCGAUAUUGCUGCUUCAGAGACGAAGAAAAUUGAUUUGAGAUAUCAAGUUGAACAUCCUGUAGGAACAAACAUAACUGGGUUGUAGGCAUAUCCAUUCAUCAUCUGUGCAUUUAAACUUUGGGAUUUCUAUUUAGACAUUAAUAUUAUCACUUUUAAAAAACAAAGCGGUGUAUCGUAAUUUUCAAUUUUUUAUUAAAAAAUAUUUGUUUUUAUAUAUUUUUGUACCUUUUUUUCUUUAUCUUCAAUGAAUUGUAUAAAAUUUAAUCUUUGUAAUUGUGUUUAAUAUUUAAAAGAAUCAUCUCUUGUUAUUA